AUGGAAGGAGAUGAAGGUGAACAAGUUGCUCCAAAUUUUAAUAAAGAAGGAUGGUAUACUGAUGCUUUAGAUUAUUGGUCUUCAACACCGGCAACUAUUAAUGGUAUGUUGGGAGGAUUUGGAGUAGUUUCACAGUUAGAAACCAAUUCAUCUAUCGAAUUUAUUAAAGAGUUUAUUGAAGGAAGAAAAGGAGCACGUAAUGUAAUAAAAGUUCCACCAUAUAUAACAAAAUCAUAUGCAUUAGAUUGUGGUGCAGGGAUUGGCAGAGUUACAAAGCAUUUUUUGUUAAAAGUAUUUGAAAAAGUAGAUUUGGUAGAAUAUACACCAAAGUUUAUUAAACAAGCCGAAUCACAAUAUCUGCUUAAUGAGAAAAAAUCAGGCAAAAUAGGUAAAUUUAUAUGUAAAGGAUUACAGGAGUUUACACCAGAAACAAAAAAAUAUGAUAUGAUUUGGUGUCAAUGGGUUCUGUCGCAUUUAACUGAUGAAGAUCUAAUUCAAUUUUUUAAAAGAUGUAAAAUUGGAUUAAAAAAUAAUAAUGGUAUUAUUGGUAUUAAAGAAAAUAUUAAUGCAAUUGGUUAUUGUUUAGAUAAAGAUGAUAGUAGUGUCACCAGAUCUGAUAAAAUAUUUAAAGAAAUUUUUGAAAAAUCUGGAUUAAAAUUAAUUAAAGAAGCAGUUCAAUUUGGAAUGCCUGAAGGUUUAUUUGAAGUAAAAAUGUAA